UAUAUUUUAAUAAGCUAAACGAAAAUACAAACACCAUUUCGCUAUGUGCAUGCAGAUCAAAUUCCUGUCGAAGCACAUUGCUUAUUUUGUAAUUGCAAUUAUUGAAUUCUUUAGCAUGCAACAUAGCAUGAUGGGUAUUUUCAUACCUCAGAUUGCCGUUAAACCCAUUUAAAAAAUCUUUAUAACGAACUAUUAAUGCGUGCAUAUUCUACACUAGGUGUUAUUGUGUCAAAUUAAGUAGGCCUAAUAGCCUGCUCAAUAGAUAAAGAACACACACAACCAACCUGAUCCUCCAUGCUUUCGAACUUGCCCCUUUUUCAUUCUGUGAUCUACUCUCUUACAUGGUACAGCCCGGACAUCAUCAGAAUUUUAAUUCACAUCAUUAACGAUGGGGAGAGAAUGGCAGCGUGACAACUCUUCUGCGUCUCGUCUCUUUACCUGCAAGCUAAACAGAUCACAUAAAGUAUUGUCACUGGCCACGGCGUCAGAUUUAUCAGCUUGCUAUUCUAGGACAUUUUAUGGAACAUUAUAGUGUAACUCAACACUGUCCUACAAUGCACUAUUUAUCUCCUAAUCAUUCCCAGGUUGUCUCUUUGGCUUGCUAUACGGUUAUAGGAGAUAAAAGUAGGCUGCAGCUAUUGUUUUUUAAAGCACCCUUAGCUUAUGUUCAAAAAAAAGGAUAAAGGUUUCAAGAGUUAACGGUUUAUCUUAGUGGUUCCUCUACCAAAAGAUCCCAAACUAUAUGCUCACGACAGGAAGGAUAAUGCAUGUCUAUGCUUUGUUCUUGAAACAUAAUGGGCAUGCUAAAAUGUAAUGUUAAUAAUUAUGUGGGCUUACUUUUGUAUAGUUCUAAGAAAACAAUUAUGUUGAUAAUGUAGUAAUAACAUAUACAGUCCUGCCUAUCAUAAUAGUAAUGCAUUCAAUAAAAGAAAAUAAGAAGAAGACAUUAGUAGCCUAAUAAUAACAAUAAUAAUGCACAUUUGUCACAUUGCAAAAGUCAUUUUUACUGCAUUUGCGUUACCUGCGUUAGCUUACUAUAUUGCAUAAUUGAAAAUGAGACUAACCGUGCAGUGAGCACAGUUUGAUGUUGCCUACCCUGUUCAAGCUUUUGGGGUUGCUAGAACUCCCAUUAUUCACCAAUCCUUUUUGUCUCCGAAUCAUAAGUGCCUUCAAAUCUCUCCUAUCAUUUUGUAUGAUUAAGCUACAAGGGUGCCAAUAGUGCAGUUUCUUUUUAUAUCACUCAAUUAGGCCUAGUGUGUACCAUAAUAAUACAAAGUUGACCAUAAUACACAAGAAUGCUUAUGGCAUUGUUUAAAUGAGCAUCAACUCUCCCUUUCCAGAGGAAUAUACGGAUAGCAUGUUGCCUGUGGGAAGGGGGGCGGGAAAGAUACAUAAACAUUGCAAGCCAUCUCCCGCUCCUCAAACAUCCCCAACAUUGCUGAGGCGAAACUCCUCCUCUUCUCGCGUCCAAUUAAUUAUAAUGGUCUGGCCCUUUAAGACGCAGCAGCGGGUCAGCAAGUAGUGUAGCUAGUGUUUCUCUAAUUGAACUUCGCCCAAUCAACAAUAACUCGUUAGCGGUUGCUUGCUUUUUCUUGUUCCUUGAGACAGCUUAUUCCUUUGCAGGGAAUCGCCCCCAGCCAGUACAGUUAUACUUUCUAAAGAUCUUCAUGGAACUUCGCAGAGGAACUGUCUCUCUCUGCAAGGAAAUACGAUUUGGUUGCCUGUGAAACUGCAACCUACGCCCGAACCAUGGUUAUUUUGGAGAAAACAUUUCAGAAAAGUGUAGUUGCAUAAUUCGACUGAAAGUUCUAAAAAAGUGGGCUGCGAAGAAGACGACAAUUGAAGGAAACACUUGUGGACGUUUAAACGACAAUUUGAAUGAAAUAAUCAGCCUUUGUCAGCAGUAAUUCCUUGGGACUGCAAUGACCUCCAGUAAAGACAUGAAGGCAGGCUCCGUGUUGCAGUCCAGCGGUGAGGAGAGGAGACGGGGUCCCUUGGACCAGCUCCCUCCCCCGGCCAACUCCAACAAGCCUCUGACGCCGUUCAGUAUUGAGGAUAUCCUAAGCAAACCCUCCGUGAAGAAGUCAGUUGCAAAUCUCUGUCCGCCGAGAGUUAUUGAAAAAGUGUCCGGCUCAAAUGCAGCAAGGAACGGUAUUAGCACUCCCUCUUCGCCGUUAUGCGCUCUGGAGGAACUAGCCAGCAAAACAUUUAAAGGUCUGGAAGUCAGCGUUAUACAAGCAGCUGAAGGUCGUGAGCAUGUAAACGCCUUUGGACAGAGGCAAACCUCAAAAAAGAGGAGAAAGUCCCGGACAGCUUUCACCAACCAUCAGAUAUAUGAACUUGAGAAGCGCUUUUUGUACCAGAAAUACCUGUCUCCGGCCGACCGAGACCAGAUAGCUCAGCAGCUGGGGCUAACCAACGCUCAGGUCAUCACCUGGUUUCAGAACAGACGGGCCAAGCUCAAGAGAGACUUGGAAGAGAUGAAAGCAGACGUGGAGUCGCUCAAAAAAGUACCACCACAAACCCUGCAAAAGCUAGUCAACAUGGAAGACAUUGACGACCUGCAAGGAAGCUCUGGAGCAAUAUCCCCUAGCAUCUCCCCGUCGUCACAAGGACACCGAGCAUUUCCUCAGUCCCCCUCGUCAUCCAGAGACCAAACCACGGACGAAUUCUCAGAGGAGGACGAAGAGAUUGAGGUGGAUGAUUGACAGUAGGCCCAUGUUUUAAGAAAGCGCAUUUUUCAAAACUUUUGCACGGAUAUUGACGUUGAUAGCAGUUAAACUUAAAAGGAAAGUUUACUUUCUCCUCUUCUCCAUUUUAAUUUAAUUAAUGGGACUGUAAAGCCUUCUAGAUGUCCCCGUUUCAAUUUCACCAAAUUAUUUGAGGAAUACAUAUUUAUUUCAAUAGGUAAUGAAACAUACUUAGUGUUAAAGUACACGAUCAAGACUGCAAAGUGUGUGUGUUUUUUUCUCUAUGUAUCUUUUUUUGGGGGGGUGCAAUUUUUUAACUAUUCAUCCAUUUUCAGCUGCUAAAGGACAUUAAAGAUUUUCAACUCGAAUGUCCUCAAGUACAGACCCAAUUGUAACUUUUAAAAUGCCCAUGUAAGUGGAGUGUAGGAUAAAUCUUGAUGUACAUUUUAUAUAUAUAAAAAAAAAAAGUGUUUCCAAGCAAUAGCAGUCAUGUAAAAAUCCAUUAUCAAUAUCCAGUUAAACAUAUGCCAAAACUUUUACACGCUAUACGUUCUGUAUAUAAAUUAAAUAACGAAUGCCUAAUUUUAUUGUACCAUUCUAUUUAAUCAACAUUAUGUAAAUAAAGGGUAUGAUAUUUCAUGAUAUUAUCCGCAAUUACAUCUGUCUCGACGUGUAUUGGUUUAGCCUACAAUUUGUGGCAUAACACAAUGGCAAGGCAACAUUUUAUUAUCGUGAACAUUUAUCUAGAAUUUAAUUUUGUUUUCCUUAUGGUAACAUCAAAAUAUUGGUUAUUACACGUGAUUUGAACAUCUGAAUAUCCUUCUGUUGAUUGAAGGCCUACUGCUCUUUGUGUGUAAAGUGGCUUUGUGCGUAAAGUUGCACAAUUAGCAGCAGUUAAACAAGUUCUUCCUUUUUACUCCCUCCCUGACAGUUGUCACAAGUUGGUAAGGACCCGGGGCGGCAGAAAAUAAUGUUGCGACUACUCCACUGCCAUAUGGUUUAAGAAUAGUCUUUAACACAAAGUGGUCAACAUGAUUGAUUAGGUUAACCCGCCUUACCGUACAUAAACAGUUUUCACUGAGCCGGCAGCAAUAAUGGCACGCAUCUGCGUCUCUAAAAAUGGGUGUGUUUUAGAAAAACGACCAUGAAUAGCAAUUGAUUAGCAUGGGGUUCCUAAUGAAUAAAUCUCAAUAGGAGGCAGUGGAAAUAGGAGGGUUGUUGCCUUUCUCCCCCGCAUCCUUGCUGUUCUAACUGCAGUCUGCUUAAAUAUCUCUCGGCACAUUUGUAACACUUGUAACCAGAUCGAGGGGGAUUCUUCAGACAGUGCACACAAUUGGUGUAAUCGCUUGGAAUUGUUGUGGUUGAAAAGUCAACUAGAUUUUUAUAGGUGCAUUAUGGAGUGACUCAGCCAGACCUUGCCAGAUAGGCAUACAGGUUUUUUCUAGGUUUGGGUAAAGAACAGUGUGACCCGCAACGCGAUAUAAGGCAUUUGAUUCACUGCUCGCCUCAUCACACACAUCACAAUAUUUUGAAAGGGAAACUAUUUAGCGGUCUACAUGAACAACAAAUGUUACAGAAGCUUGAAUACAAAUAAUGAUACAUAAUUAGUAUGUGGCAAAUAAAACCAAGCUUUCGUUUACAUGUCAUUCGAUAACAUAUGUAAAGUUCAUAAUAUUUAUCACAACGUUACCUUAGUCUAACAACGUUAAAUCAACGGCUUUCAUUUGAUGUUUUUCAUACAAAUGCAAGAGGAAUGCUGGAAUAUAUGUACCGCAAAAUAGAAUAAGCAGUCUCCGGAGGCAGUCUUUUGUUACAAAUGCUCAGAUCUAUUUGUAUAAUCAAAUGUCAGCUAAACGAAGAAGGGGGAAACGUGUGAGUGUAAUAAUUAUUUCUAAUAGUUAUGUAUUAACAGUUAUUAAGAUAAGCCAUUAAUGGGCAAGGUCUAAUUGACUCAACAACCAAAAACACAUAUUUAGCUAUGUUAAUUAACCACAAAAUCAGUUAUUUCAAUUUUUUUAAUCAAAGUUAGCUGGCUAACUCAUUUAUCCUGCGUUGUAGUAUACCCCUCUGGUUGUGGCAUGCACAAUUUCAAGUAUUUACAAAUGAACACUUAUGGAGAAUAACAACUGAGUGAUCAAAAGUAAUAAUUUUAAGGGAGGUGGUUUAGCCACACUUAGGUGCCUUGAGUUUGUUUAGGCACGCGAUAUCACCACUGCCACAGCCCAUGAUGACAUUGGCCUGGCACCACUGUUCUUGAUGGUUAGUUAAGGAAUGUACUCACAUAUGCACAUUCUAUGAAGUAGGCUAUGUACUUCUGAUGAUAUCAGUUUUGAGAUGGCACUUUAUGGUAUUUACUUGGAGAUUGUGGUACAAUGUGUACUUUCUACUAACAGUACUUUCAAAGAAUUCAACAAGUGGUAACUGCAUGGUGCCUAGUGGUGCAUGUUUUAAUGAAUGCCAAAUAAACAAGUAAUAGGU